GUUCACAAAACCCUUUUUUUUAAUUUUCUUAUUUUUUUUUGCCAUUUCUCACAGAUCUAAAACACUCUUACCAUUUUCCUUUUUUCUUCUGUAAACCCCUCUAUAAAUCUCAAUUCCUUCUUCGUUUCAUUCUUAGAUCUGCUUUACACGAUUCGAUAAAAACACAGAGACUUCGUGUUCUCAAUUCAAGUUCUUUGGGAUUGACGUUCUUUUGCCGAUUCGAUCUUUGAGGGUUUUUGUUUUGAAAUCCCAGAUCUUGGGUUUUGUUAUUUGAAGCUGAUUCUAGUGUUAUAAUAAUGGCGACUCCUUAUCCUGGAGCGACGCAGGUGGGUUCGUACUUUGUUGGGCAGUAUUAUAAAGUGUUGCAGCAGCAGCCAGAUCUUAUUCAUCAGUUUUAUUCUGAGUCUAGUAGAGCUAUUCGUAUCGAUGCUGACGCUACCGAGACUGCUAAUUCUUUGCUGCAUAUCCACAACAUGGUCAUGUCGCUGAAUUUCACUGCGAUUGAAGUUAAGACGAUCAAUUCAGUCGAGUCUUGGGAAGGUGGUGUUCUGGUUGCGGUAUCAGGCUCUGUGAAAACCAAGGAAUUCAGCAACAGAAGGAGUUUUGUGCAGACCUUUUUUCUUGCUCCUCAGGAGAAGGGUUAUUUUGUUCUCAAUGAUGUCUUUCAGUUUGUUGAUGAGGAACCUGUUUACUAUCAUCAGCAUGAGGCUCAUAUCAAUCCUCCUAGCCCUCAUCCAGAACCCCAAGUUCCUGACUAUGUUCUGGAGCAAGAGGCUAGAGAUUAUGUGAAUGCAGUCCAAAUUAAGGAUGAUCUUGUUGACAAGUACAGUCUGCAAGAGGACCAACAUCAACCUCAGCAAGAAGACUAUGUGGAUGAAGUUGCGAUUGAGGAAACACCUAGGGAAGAAGUUGCAGUUGAGGUGGUACAUGAACAUCGGGCUGCACCACCAGAGGAACCUGUUGGUGAAAAGUCAAAGAUGAGUUAUGCUUCCAUUUUAAAGGUUGCAAAGGAAGCAGCACCCGUACCUAUUGCUCCUUCGCAGCCAUCAUAUAACAAGAACUCUCAAGAUCUUAAUGAAUGGGAUCAGCCACUGCGGACUCCUUCCCCCCAGCAGGCUGCACCUCUUGCCCCUGUUCAGCAAUCCAACGCAUCUGCUCCUUAUGUUACUGACUAUGGUGCAGACGCGGAAGAUGGCUCCGGUUUUGAAGACUUUGAGUUCAAAUCAGUGUACGUUAGGAAUUUGCCUUCCGACAUAUCUGCUUCUGAAAUCGAGGAAGAGUUUAAGAACUUUGGUACAAUCAAGCCUGAUGGUGUUUUCCUCAGAACCCGCAAGGAUGUUAUGGGCGUUUGCUAUGCAUUUGUUGAGUUUGAGGAAAUGACUUCUGUGGAGAAUGCCAUUAAGGCUUCUCCUAUAUACUUGGGUGGAAGACAAGUAUACAUUGAGGAACGAAGACCCAAUCCUGCCGGUGUUCGCGGAGCAAGAAGAGGAGGACGUGGAAGGGGUGGUUACCCAACUGAAGCAACACGAGGCAGGUUUGGUGCCCGUGGUUCAGGCAGAGGAAACCAGGAUGGAAGUGACUACAGGCCGAGAGGUAACGGUUACUACCGUGGUGGUCGUUAAGGAGAAACAAAAAAAAAAAGAGAGGAGGAAUCUCUUAUAAGUUUUAGUGCAACCAAGAAUGAAAGAUGAGUCGGUUCUUCUUCCUCUAUCUACCGAAGAUGUAGUUGUAAUAUUUUUGUUUUUGGUUGGGUUUGGUUUUAUGGCUCAAAGGAAACAAAGAUUUUGGGUUUAUAUAUGUUUUUUCAUUUAGUCAGAUUUUAAGCCAUUUAGGGCUUUUGAAAACUGUUAGCCUCCCUUUGGGAAUGGCUUUAGUUGUGUAACAUUUUCCAAUAUUUUUUUGUUUCCUCGUUGGAUUGAAUUCCAAACUUCAAUUGUGUUGUUUAUUCUACAGACAUCAGCUUUAUUA